AUGGCUUUGAAGAUGGAGGGUGUUGUAGCUAUUGCGGUUUUAUUCACGCCAACAGGCAAUCAUGCAAGUGAUGCGCUAAGAUACGAUAUCCCCGACAAGCGUGUAAGCACAUAUCUCUACCGAAGACUCUUUGCGAAUCCAAAUUUCUACGGCAUCGGCGAGCUCUCGGAGGAGUCAAUUGGCCCCAUUCGCCAAAUUCGUCCAUGUCUCCGCCUCAAUUCGAUCGAUGAUCGUCCACUUCCGCUACAUCUCGGGAUGUACGAAGCGGGACAACGACCUCGAGUCUCGAGGAAUCGGACAAUAAGUGAAUCGGUGCUUGGCCCUCACAAUUCAUUGCACGGAAUCGGGGCAAACAAUCGAUCGAAUCCCAUUCAUCGGACACCGCGACAACAGCAACAACUCCAGCCACCGCCAACCGUUCAUCUGCCAAUGCACAGCCCACAGCAUCUGGCCGCCUCGUACUACUGUGCAGACAAGUUGACCUUGCAAGGAAAACCGAUUCCCGGAAACAGCUCUUCAGGUGGUUCAGGCCACUCAGGCUCACCCGCCGGACUCCCGGAGGCGCAGCAACAAUUCCGCGAAGUCUUCACCUCGCCAGCUCCCUGCUCAUCGGAGAUGGAUCAAUUGGUAUGUGGCUCGUCAAAGGAUCCAUUCCCAGUGCCGAUAAUCCGGAUUUCUACCGUGAAAAGAAGGACAUUCACAAUAGGAUUGAACGACGUCGUCGCAACCUCCAAAGAGAUGAAGCUGAACAAAGGGACGAUCCUCAAAGCAUCUUGUGACUACAUUCGACAAUUGCAAAAGGAUCGAGAUAGCAUGAUUAAACAACAGCAACAACAAAACAAAUUGGAAAACGCUGCGAAACACUACGCCGAUCGAGUCAGGAACUCGAGGACAUCUUGGCGAAGAAUGGCCUCAACGCGCCCACCAAAGCGCUUCCUCCACUCCCAGCCAUCCCCUCCGCUCCUCGACCAAUCAAACAGGAGAUCGAAGAGAGUCGAAAUCAAACCCCAUGGGAUCACUUUCCUCAUCGGCCCCGACAGUCAAAGGAUGCACCACGGGCCAUUCCCCGAUUUGAUCACGGAGUGGUGUCUUGAGAACAAUCCACUCCUCCACUCGGACCCGUUAAUGUCACAAGCCGGAGGCCCAUCGUCAAACCUUGCCGUCAGCCAGAUGAGCCAUGGUCUCUCGUGGAAUCCCACAAAUUUCAGUCCCGACCCGAACACCGUAUCGAUGCACGCCAAUCACAAUAUGGACUAUUCA